AUUUCCAACAUGUCUGCCUUUCUCUGAAGUUCUGAACCUCCUUUCAAUUGUUAGUGAGAUUCAUGACAAAAAGAAGCUAAAAAAAAUAACGGUUGUUAUUUGGAAAUAACUAAUUUACAAUCUAGAUUGAUCUUAAAACAUCGAAUAGUUGUAUCUCAUUUAAAAUACGAACCUUCACAACAAUGCGUCGUAAAAGCGAACGCACCGCUAGUAAAAAAACAAGAGUCUCUCCUGAGCCUAAGGAAAAGAUUGAAAAGGUGAGGCGGACUAGAACACGUCGCAGAAAACAUUCGUCGUCAUCAGAAAGUGAAUCUGCUGAAGAUACUGUUCCAAAAGAAACAGUCGUGGUUAGUCAAACCGAGACCACGGUCCCGCCAAAACCUGCAAAAGAAGACAGUCCCGAAGAGUCACAAGAGCAAGUGUGGCACGUUAAAGCUACUGAAAGUUCAGGGGAUGUUGGUGAGAUUAAAAAGCUUAAAAUAUGUCUUGCACGUCCGCCCUCAACACCAGAAAGGCCCGACAGAUCACCUAGAAGCAGAAGGAAGCACUCACGAGCAACAAGCUCGAGUGACACUCAAAGUGUAGAAGGAGAGGAAAAAAAAAAGUCAAAACAUCGGUCUAAGAAAUCAACUGAAUCUAAAGAUGUGACAGACAAGAACCAAGAUAGUCAGGGAGAUGAGGCAGAAGUGGCGACACAAGCGCCCAUGACGACGGAACCUGAAUCUACAGAAAUUACUGAAAGCACUCAACAAAGUAUAGCUGUAGCUGAUGAGACACCCAUGUCAACAACAAGUGAAGAAAUUAAAGAUGACAAGGUAGAAUCAACAGAACCAAGUGAAGGUAAGGAUAGUGACCAAAAGGCCCAAGAAGAAUCAAAGGAUAAUGAAUCUAAAGAUAAGCCAUCUGAUGCUGAUACAACUGUUGUUUCUCCAAAAUCAGAUGAAGACAAAGAUAAAGACAGUAACUCUCAUAAAAAUGAGAGCCCGACAAGAAAAAGGAGUCUGUCAGAAGAGAAAUCUGAAAUUUUAGAAUUACAUGCAGAUGAAAGUAGAUGUGAAUCUUCAGAGAUAAGUCUAAAUGAAUCUCAGGGGGAAGACGCCAAAGCUACAUUAGAUCAGGACAAAGACAUUAGCAGUGUGGUCUCAAAUGAGGUAAGUAUUAAUGAAAGUACAACUGAAAUUUCAGGGAAAAGAGAGUCUAAUAAUGAGGACAUAAUAAAUAUUAAUAAAAAUGAUGUUGUAGAGAGCCCUAAAAGUGUAGAAACAGAGAAGGCAAUAUUAGUUCCAAUAGAAACCAAUGAUGAAGUAACUACUGAAACCACGGAAAAAAUACAUGAAGACCAGAAAAAUGAGAAAGAGGAUACUAAUCUUUCUAUUAGUGACAUUCCAAAGGUACAAAUUAGUCCAGAAGUUUCAAAUAAUAAACCUAUUCAGGAAAUUCCAGAAGAACAAAAUAUUAAUAAAGUGACCAAUGAUGAAAUAAUUAUAGAUGUACCCAAUUGUAAAACUACAGAAGAGGAUGUCCCUGAUAAUAAAAUUAUUAAUGAUGAUAAUAAUGAAAAAACUAUUGAAGAUGUUCCCAAUAUUAAAACUAAUCAAGAUGUCACCGAUAACAAAAGUUCAGAAGAGGUUUCUGUAGAUCCCAAAAGUAAAUCUCCAGAAGUUGCCAGCAAUGAUUCUAUUCCAAAUGUUUCAAAUGACCAAUCUGUUCUAGAGAUUGCCACUGAGCAAACAAUACCAUUGGUAAUUAAUAGAAAAAGAAGAUGGGGUUCACGUCCAAGUAAAUUGUCCACACAAAAAUCUAUUACAAUUUCUACUGAUAUUCUUAAGGAGAUAAUACCUGAUGUUAAACCUGCUGAGUUUGAUGAAGUGAUUGAAGAAAAGAAGCAUAAGCGGGUGGAGGUAGCUGCUAAAGUUGAAAGACCAGUAUUGCCAAAAAUUGUUAUUGACAAUACAGAAAAUGUAGAAAUUCACAAAGAUCAUAAAUUAGAAGAUAGAGAUAAGGAAAAUGUUAAAGCAAAGGAUUCAAAUCUUGCUUCAAUGCGGAAAAUAUCCAUUGUCAGAGACAAUGAUGAUUUUAUAUCAAGACCACCGAGUCCACCGAAACAUAAACAGUCAAGCAUUCUGUAUAUAACAAACUUAGUAAGGCCAUUUACAUUGCCACAGUUGAAAAAUUUAUUACAAAGAACUGGAAAAAUUAUGGAGAAUGGAUUUUGGAUUGAUAGAAUAAAAUCAAAAUGUUUUGUGAAAUAUGAAACUGAAGAUCAAGCUGUAGAGACACGUCAUGCUUUGCAUGGAGUUACUUGGCCGGUGUCAAAUCCUAAGACGUUACAUGUAGAUUUCUCAACAGAAGAAGACUUUGACAAAGCUAAAGCUAAUGAAGACACGGACAAUGCUCAGGCUUCGACAAUUCCUGGAACUGUUGAAGAUUGGCUACGGGAGCAAGAUUUAAAGAGAGAAAAGGGGGAAAUAGAUAAGCCAUGGGAGAAGAAGGCUUCAAUGCGUGAGUGGGACUAUGGCAAGAAUGAGAAGAACAAGGAAACCGGGCGCCCAGACAAGAUGCUACGGGAUGAACGACCGCUUGAAAAAAGAAGACACCGCACUCCUGAACGAAGUCCAGAACCAGCGAGGAAGUUUAAGAAAAAGGAGGAGGAGGCACCAGCCAAGUUAUUGGAUGAUUUAUUUAGAAAGACAAAGACAACUCCAUGCAUAUAUUGGCUUCCGCUGUCUGCGGAAACGAUAGCAAUAAAAGAGGAGCAACGGCGGCAACAUAUGGCCGAGCACGAGCGGCGGCUGCAGGAGCUGCGUCGAACGCACCGCAGACAUUAUGGAAUGAUACCCUUUGCGUUACGCAAUCGGGUGAAAUGCGCUACCAUCGCUGACUCACCGCAUACCUUUGUCAAAAUGCAAAUAUGGUUGGCGCUGGUGUCACUGGCGGUGGCGGUGAACGCAGAUAACCCUUUCACGUUGGAAGAGUUCGUUAGAGGGCAGUUUUCUCAGCGAGGAUUCAGUGGAACAUGGAUAUCUGAUACUGAGUUUACAUAUACAAUUGCCGGCGAGCCGGGUAUCUAUGUCUUUGAUGUCCCAACACUUACUUCGAACGUGCUUGUAUCUGGAGAAUUGAUGAGUUUCCUGAACACCAGCAGACCCAUACUUUCUGAGGACAGACGAUAUAUUUUAGCUCCAAGCGAAGUGGAAUCAGUAUACAGAUAUUCAACAACGGCUAAGUUCGCUCUCUACGAAAUAGCUACAGGCAAUGUAAGAAAUAUCGCAAAUCAUCAGCGUCUACAGCUGUGCAUCUUCGGCGGCGGACAUUCCUUAGCUUACGUGUUGGACAAUAACUUGUACUAUUUGCCGGAAAAUACUGACCAGCCUGUUCAGAUUACCACAGAUGGCAUCCCUGGAGUCAUUUAUAAUGGCCAUGCUGAUUGGGUCUACGAAGAGGACGUCAUGUAUACUGGACAAGCGACCUGGUUCUCUCCUGAUGGCAACUAUUUAGCUUUUGCCAGUUACGACGACACAUUAGUGGAGACAUACUCAUAUUAUUACUAUGUAGAUAAGAGUGAUCCAGAUGACUUGUAUCCUGAACUUUUUCAUCUCAAGUACCCAAAGGUCGGCCGAGUAAAUCCUACAGUUAAACUUCGCGUAGUCGAUCUAAGGACAGCAGCAACUACUCUUUCAAACGUAACCCUGGAGGCACCAAGCGCAGUCUCCAGUGAUCAUAUACUAGGAGGAGUUACUUGGACCAGUGCAACAGAGAUAGCUGCACAUUGGCUAAACCGCAGACAGAAUUAUACUGUUCUGAGGAUAUGCAAUAUCGUUACAUUGCAGUGCGAAGAGGAACAUCGUGCUCAGUCUAAUGGUUGGGUACCCAUCGCUUUGCCCCGCUUCAGUAGAGCUGGAGACUUCUACGUGUCCACUCGGUGGUCUUUGGAACAAGCAGAUGGAAAUAUUUGGCAGCAUUUGUAUGUCAGUAUAAGAGUCAAUGGAGAAAUCGUAUCGAGUUCCGUCACCCCUGGAGCAUUCACUGUGAACAAUUUCAUUGGAAUGGAUGAAGAUAAUUUGGCUUACUACUACACACGCACGGUCACCAACGCGCCGUGGCAGUCGCAGGUGCACGUGUCGGGUGCGCGCGCGGGCUGCCUCAGCUGCGAGCUGCGCCUGCCGGACGGCGGCCCGUGCGCCUGGGCUACGGCCACCGCCAGCCGGCACGCCUCAUACCUCACUAUUACCUGCCAGUCGCCCGACGAGCCUUCCGCCACCUACAUUGUCAACCCAUUAACUCGUCAAACCUUAUAUGUUUGGGAGGAUAAUCAGAUCGUACGUGACCGUCUCGUUGGUAAAAGCAGACCACAGAGCAUAAUAACGACGGUGCCUCUGGAAAAUGGCUACCCAGCACCUGUGAGGCUGUUCUUACCUCCGGGAUUGAAUGUUAGCGACACUACUAAGAAGUAUCCAGUCGUAUUCUAUGUUUAUUCAGGACCGAACACGAAUACCGUGUAUGAUACUUUUACUGUUGGUUACCAUUCAUACCUUACUACCAGCCGUGACACCAUUUACAUGUUGGCGGACAGACGUGGGGCGGGACUAAAUGGACAGGAAAUGCUAUAUUCCCUCAACAAUGCGCUUGGAACUGUUGAAAUCUUUGAUCAUUUUGUUGUUUUAAGACAAGUACUAAAUCGCUACGGAUUUAUGGAUCCCAAUCGUGUUGCCAUCUGGGGCCACAGUUAUGGAGGAUAUGCCACGCUCUUGACGUUGGUCCACGAUGACCAGAACAUGUUCCAGUGUGGCGUGUCCACUGCACCCGUCACCUCUUGGUUGUAUUAUAACACAAUGUACACCGAGAGAUACAUGGGUCUUCCCACCGCUGAAGACAAUUUAUCUGGUUACGAAGCUGGUGAUGUAACGCUGCUGGCGGAGAAACUUCGAGGCAAGAAAUUCUAUGUCAUGCAUGGUAAUGCGGAUGACAACGUCCAUUACCAGAACGCUGCCAAGCUGUUCAAGAUCCUUGCGGAGCUUAACAUACCAUUCGAUCAGAUGUCAUAUCCCGAUGAAGCUCACAGUCUGGCUGGAGUCAAUAUGCACAGAUACGGUACAAUGAACCGUUAUUUCGAAAAAUGCAUCGGCAUCCCCGCUGAAGCCUAACAUAGUUCUAGUAAAACUAAAUAGAAAAACCUAUUUAUGUCGUAACACCUAGUCAUUACAUUGCUGAGACUAGUACGAGACUAGUUUUUGUGUAAAUGCUCCGUAUUGCAAUGUCCUUGACGCAUUUAAUUGAAGCGCGAAAUAUACUUUUACUUCCACGUGUAUAAUUAAAAAAAAAUAUAUGUAAGUAUUCUGUAAAUCCAUC